AUCAUGCUGAACGUGCUGUUGCUGUGCUGYGGGCUGCUGCACGGGGUCCAGGCUGUCCUGGAUCUCAGGACUGCUGACCUCAGCUGUGGCCACCUGCAGAAGGUGAGCGGCGGGCUGGAGAGGGUGGACAGAGCCCACCAGGCCAGCCUGCAGCAGAAAGUCAAGGAGGUGUCUGCGGAGCUGGCAGGAGCUCUCCCAAGGCUGGGGUUUGAGCAGGUGGCCCUGGGGGUCCAAGAAGCUGAYGGUGACCUUGUGCCAAGAGGCGGCGUGCUGGAACCACAGGCAUCAUCCACAGAACUGCAAGCUGCGGGCCGUGAGGAGCGCUCUCCCCGCCGCUGCGUCCGUCUCCUGGAGUCCUGCCUUGGCCACCAGAUCCCCUGCUGYGACCCCUGUGCCACCUGCUACUGCCGCUUCUUCAACGCCUUUUGCUACUGCAGGAAAAUCAGCACCAAUCUCCCCUGUGGCAAGAACUAGCGCCCGUGGGGUUGCUAGCCCCUUGCUCCCAUGUGUGCCUCCUUCUCUGCAGCUCCAAUA